AGAGAGAGAGAUUGAUGGAAGGUAAAGGCACAGCCAUGUUGAAUAUUGUGAUGCUUCCAUGGCUAGCUCAUGGGCACGUCUCUCCAUUCUUAGAGCUAGCCAAAAGGAUUGGAAAGAGAAACAUUACAAUCCAUUUAUGUUCUACAAAGGUCAUUCUUGAUUCAAUUAAGAAACGAGUAAAUGAAAUCGAGCAUCCCUUUCUCCAUUUCAUAGAACUCCAACUUCCAUAUCCUCCCGAGCUUCCUCCACACUACCAUACAACCAAUGGACUCCCUCUCCACCUCAACUAUACACUCAUGAAAGCCUUUGACGACUCAAGUCCCGCAUUCGCUACCAUACUCAAACAAAUCAAACCAGAUCUAAUUAUAUAUGAUCUCCAGCAGCCAUGGGCUCCGGAAGUUGCUGCUUCUCUCUCCAUUCCUGCGGUUAUGUUCCACAUCACCAGUGUUGCCACCCUUUGUAUUGCCUUCCAUAAAACGACCAUGCCAGAGGUACAUUUCCCAUACCCUGAACUAAUUCCACAAGACUCGUAUUGGGUUAAAAAAUAUCGUGAAGAAAUUAAAUCCAAACAAAAUGACGCCGGAGAAAGGGUGGAGAACCAUUUCUCGUAUGUCAGAUCUUCUGAAAUAGUCUUGUCAAAGACUUUCGGGGAGAUUGAUGAAAAAUACUUGGACUAUACGUCAUCGAUUCUAGGGAAAAGAGUCAUUUCCACAGGCCCGCUGGUUAAAGAUGGUGCAGAAGGUGACGCAAUAAGUGAAAGCGGGAAACAUGUAAUGGACUGGUUGGACAAGAAGGAAAAAGGGUCCACGGUUUUGGUGUCGUUUGGAUCUGAGUGUUACCUUUCAAAAGAAGAGAGAGAAGAGAUGGCUUAUGGAUUGGAAGAAAGCACGGUAAAUUUCAUUUGGGUAAUCCAGUUUCCAUUUGAGGAGAGGAUUAGUAUUGAGGAAUCUGUUCCUGAAGGUUUUCUUAAAAGGAUUGGAGAAAGAGGGCUAGUGGUUGACAAAUGGGUUCCUCAAGCAAGGAUCCUAGCCCAUGAAAACACUGGAGGUUUUAUAACCCAUUGCGGUUGGAGUUCUGUAACCGAGGCAAUAGGAUUUGGGGUACCAGUUAUUGCUAUGCCUGUGCAAUACGACCAACCGGUCAAUGUGAGGUUGGUCGUGAACGCUGGUGUUGGGGCGGAGGUCUUUAGAACUGAAGAUGAAGGGUUUAACAGGGCUGAGAUAUCCCGAGUGACUAGAGAAGUUCUAUUGGAGGAUAAAGGAGAGGAGAUAAGGAAGAAGGCUAGAAGUAUGAAAGAGAAAUUCAUAAGGGAAGGUGAUCACCGAGAGAUAGAUCUACUUGUAAAAGAAUUAAUUGGAAUUUGUAGUAAACCGAACUGAUGUU